AUGUCUACAAUUCAAGCCGCCAUGGCCCAGCUCUUACCUGCUGAGCGGCAAGCUCGUGAAGGUAGAGCCCUGUUAUCGCUUAACGCCUCUAUCAGCCGAACGCUUCUCACUAUCGAGCAAGAAUGUCAACCAGCUCGUCAACUACGCAAGAUUCAGACAGAGAUCCGCCGUCAUAUCCUUGCGACUCUCGUUGACGAGGAAACAGCAGAUUCAAAUCAAAAUACCGCUCAAGGACCAAGUGAACGCGAAGCGUCUCGUGAGGACUUUUUGCCUCAUCCCGACACCGUUCUUCCAAGCAUCGAGCAGGAAUUAUACUAUGCCCCUGUUACAAUAGCCUCAUCCACGGUUGGUGGUACACCUGGCGAGGCGCCUGAACGAAAAAGACGUCCAGCUACAGCAAUCCUGAAUGAGUCAGACGAUUUGAACGACCAGUCUCCAACAGCAAAGAAGCGAGCCGCUGACGACGAAUUUGACUCAGUCGCUAAACGCCCCAAGACGUGGCUCGGUACAAUGACGAGAGGGUUCUUCGCUUGA